UCGAACUAAAAAAAGCACUUUAGAUCAUUCGACCGUUAAAUUAAAAAUCGAAUUGCUAUGCUUUUUACCUCGUUUUUUUUUUUUUUUUUACCAGGCUUUUUGACUGUAGUAACCCCUUCAUUGACUUUUUUUUAUUUAUAAAAAAAUCUCACUUCUUUCGCAAUGUCGUUGCUUACUCAUCUUUAAAAUAUGUGUAAAUUGAUAUUUGGUAGAGAUUUCAAAAGUAUUAAUAAUAUAUAUAGUAUUAUCUUUAACAUACUCAAGUUGAAUUUACCUUUUAAAAAAAAAAUAAAUAAAUAAAUAAUAAAAAUAAGACACAAACAGACCGUUCGAGUGUAAAUCUGGCCGUUGGAUACCUCCCUCCGUCAUACGGCAGUGAUUAGUCGACCGUUGCAAUUAAAUUCUUUCUUCAAAAGCCACCUGGAAUUCCCAAUCCACUCAAAAAUUUCAAAUUCAUUACGUUGCUCACACCUGGUCGCCUCUUUCCAUAAACCCUAGAAAGAUCGAUCUUCUUUUGUUCAUUAUAAUAUUCUCGAAUCGGCUUGUGUUCUGAUCUAUCGAUCCCUGUAGUUCCUCUGUAACCUUAGUUGCUUUCGGUUUCAGAGGAGAAAAAAGAAAUGGUGAAAAUGGCUUCGUCGUCACCGUCUUCAUCUCCGGUGACCAUAACAGUCUCUUCUUCAGGAGCUUGCAUUGGCUUGACUAGUCCGGUGCCUCGCCAUUCCAUAUCGAACAAUCCGAACUCCCCCCUCAGCGGCAGAGGUUACAGGGGUUCCUCCGGUGGCGGUAACCGCCGAGCUUCAGGUGGCGGAAGCUAUCUCUCUAUGUCCAAAGAUACCUCUGAGGAGUUCGUGGCCUAUACCGUUCAUAUCCCUGCAACACCUGAUCACCAGAUCGUGUCGAAUGCUCAGAGCAGCCCUCCUGAAGAGAUCAAGAAAACAGGAAACCCCAUGGAGGGUUACAUCAAGGAUACAAUUUACACUGGGGGAUUCAAUUCGGUGACUCGGGCUCACGUCGUUGUGAAUCCUGAGGAAGAGCCUGCGGUGGUGAAAUCAGAAAUGUUGUGUGGAAUGAAGGGUUGUGAUGAGAAAGCAGUGGGUAGUGCUUCAAAGGCUCAGUGUGAAUGUGGGUUCAAAAUUUGCAAAGAUUGUUACCUGGACUGCAUUGGAAAUGGUGGUGGGCAUUGUCCUGGUUGCAAGGAAUCCUGUAAAGAUGCUAGCGAUGAUGACAACGACGACGACGAUGAUGAAGAACCUAACUCUGAGGAAGAGGACCUUCCAUUUCCACUGCCCACAAAGGGAAGGGUUGGACUUGAGAAGAAUUUUUCACUGGUGCAAUCUUUCAAGGCCCCGACCCAGGACUUUGAUCAUGCUCGAUGGCUAUUCGAGACGAAGGGCACGUACGGGUAUGGGAAUGCGGUGUGGCCAAAAAAUGGAUAUGAAUUUGGGCGAGGGAUUGAUGGAUCUGAAAAUCCUCCAGAUUUCAAUGAAAGAAGAAACAGACCUUUAACCAGGAAGGUUGGGGUUUCCACUGCAGUUAUCAGUCCAUACAGAUUGCUUAUGGCUGUUCGUCUUGCUGCACUCUGUUGCUUCCUGACAUGGAGGAUUUCACAUCCUAAUCAUGAUGCAAUGUGGUUAUGGUUGAUGUCUGUAAUUUGCGAGUUCUGGUUUGCACUAUCUUGGGUUCUAGAUCAGCUCCCUAAGUUCUGUCCAGUAAACAGAGUCACUGACCUUUCUGUUCUAAAAGAGCGCUUCGAGUCAUCAAACCUCAACCUUGGCAAUCCCAAAAGACUAUCUGACCUUCCAGGGAUUGAUGUGUUUGUUUCAACAGCUGAUGCAGACAAAGAACCCCCUCUAGUCACUGCAAACACAAUUCUUUCAAUUCUUGCUGUUGAUUAUCCUGUGGAGAAGCUGGCAUGUUAUCUUUCAGAUGAUGGAGGAUCACUGGUGACAUUUGAAGCCCUUGCUGAAGCGGCAAGCUUUGCAAGGACAUGGGUACCUUUCUGUCGGAAACAUGGGAUAGAACCAAGAAAUCCGGAAGCCUACUUUGGGCAGAAGCGUGAUCCCCUCAAGAACAAAGUAAAGCUUGAUUUUGUUAGGGACAGGAGAAGAGUGAAGAGAGAAUAUGAUGAGUUUAAGGUGAGGAUAAAUGCCUUACCGGACUCAAUAAGGCGAAGAUCAGACGCUUAUAAUGCCCAAGCAGAGGUACGAGCAAAGAAGAAGGAGAUGGAAAUGGGAGAAAUUCCUUUCGAAUCCAAUAAGGUCCCCAAGGCCACUUGGAUGUCAGAUGGUACUCAUUGGCAUGGAGCUUGGACAUCAGCAGAGGAAGGUCAUUCUAAAGGGAAUCAUGAGGGUAUUAUUCAGCUUAUGUUAGUUCCACCAAAUCCAGAACCACUUUUUGGGGCUGAGGCUGAUGGGGAGAACUUGAUUGACACAACAGAUGUUGAUAGAAGAUUGCCAAUGCUUGUUUAUGCAUCUCGUGAGAAGCGACCAGGGUUUGAUCACAACAAGAAAGCUGGAGCCAUGAAUGCGCUAGUCCGAACCAGUGCAAUUAUGUCAAAUGGCUCGUUUAUUCUUAAUCUUGAUUGUGACCACUACAUCUAUAAUUCUAUGGCUCUGAGGGAAGGAAUGUGCUUUAUGCUUGACAGGGGCGGUGAUAAAAUCUGCUAUGUUCAGUUCCCACAAAGGUUUGAGGGAAUUGAUCCUAAUGAUCGGUAUGCUAACCACAAUACAGUGUUUUUUGAUGUAAGCAUGAGAGCUCUUGAUGGGUUACAAGGUCCAAUGUAUGUUGGGACAGGCUGCAUUUUCCGGAGAAUUGCUAUUUAUGGGUUUAGUCCACCUAGAGCAACAGAACACCAUGGUUGGCUUGGUAGAAGAAAAAUCAAGUUGUCUUUGAGAAAGCGCAAGGUGGCAAAAAAUGAGGAUGAUGAUGAAAUGAUCUUACCAAUUAAUGAGGAUCGCAAUGAUGAGGAUGAAAUCACCAAGUCCUUGAUUCCAAAAAGAUUUGGAAAUUCUAUUUAUCUAAUGGACUCGAUUGCAGUUGCUGAAUUUGGGGGCAGGCUGCUGCAUGAGUUGCGAGGCAAAGAUAGCCAGGGCAGGCCAGCUGGUUCUCUUGCAGUGCAACGAGAGCCUUUAGAUGCAGCAGCUCUUGCAGAGGCAAUCAGUGUUAUAUCUUGCUUUUAUGAAGAUAAAACUGAGUGGGGCAAAAGGGUGGGAUGGAUAUAUGGUUCAGUUACUGAGGACGUUGUGACAGGGUACCGAAUGCACAAUAGAGGAUGGAGAUCAGUGUACUGUGUCACCAAACGGGAUGCCUUCAGAGGGACGGCUCCAAUCAAUUUAACAGAUAGGCUCAACCAAGUCCUUCGAUGGGCAACAGGUUCUGUUGAGAUCUUCUUUUCCCGGAACAAUGCGCUCUUUGCAAGUCCGCGAUUGAAGUUUUUGCAGAGGGUUGCUUAUUUUAAUGUUGGAUUGUACCCUUUUACCUCCAUCUUUCUCCUGGUUUAUUGCUUUUUGCCUGCACUUUCGCUCUUCUCUGGGCAUUUCAUAGUCCAAUCCCUCAAUGUGACUUUUCUAGUGUUCUUGUUGGCGAUUACACUGACCCUGUGCAUGCUUGCACUCCUUGAAAUUAGAUGGUCAGGAAUCACUCUUCAUGAUUGGUGGCGUAACGAACAGUUUUGGUUGAUUGGUGGAACUAGCGCCCAUCUUGCAGCAGUGUUCCAAGGACUUCUGAAGGUUAUAGCAGGAAUUGAUAUCUCAUUCACAUUGACCUCAAAAUCUUCUGCACCUGAUGAUGGAGACGAUGAGUUUGCAGAGCUGUAUGAGAUCAGGUGGUCCAUUCUAUUGAUCCCACCAAUUACAAUAAUUUUGGUUAACAUGACAGCGAUUGCAGUGGGGGUAUUUAGGACAAUGUACAGCCCCUUCCCACAGUGGAGCAAGCUCCUUGGAGGUGUGUUCUUCAGUUUCUGGGUUCUGUCUCAUCUCUACCCUUUUGCAAAAGGGUUGAUGGGGAGGAGGGGUAAGAUUCCCACCAUAGUCUUCCUAUGGUCUACGUUAAUCUGCAUUGUUAUCUCGUUGCUUUGGCUGUACAUAUACCCUCCUUCUGGAGGGCAGGAUUUCAUGAGAUUUCAGUUCCCUUGAUGUUCUUAUCUGGUACUUGCUACUAAGGGGGAAGGCUCUACUUACAGCUGAAGCCAACAAAGCAUGAAGUUCAUCGACUUCAUCUACUUUUACGUAAUUUUAAUGCUUUCAUUCAUUUCGAAUGUAACAUGGUUUGCACUUAAUAGUCUUCCUACAUUGAUUUGUGCAUUGUUUAUCUCCAUUGCUUUCGUUGUACAUACACCCUACUUGCUUAUGAGAAAGGCAGGUUUAGAUGAGUUCAUUUUGCUUGAGGGUUUGAUUUCAUCUAGUUUAUCA